CUUUAAGGUAGUGUCCCUCCCCUACCCCCUCCCUGCAGGUGACCCUUGUCCAGCCUGCCUGCCACAAGAAGGCUGGGUCCCCCUUCCUCUUUUGUGUCUCCUGUCCUGCUGUCAGCCCUCUAUGUGACGUGGCUUCCACUGCAUCUGAAGACUGAACUCCCUGACUCAGAAAUCUCUUAAGGUCCACAGUGAGGCCCUCCAGGGACCUGAGGGUACAAUCCUCAGGAUGUCCCAAAGGAAAUAGAAGUCAGAACCAGAGCCUCUAACCCAUAGCCCUAGUGAUGGGGCCCCCCGUACAUCAUCUGUUGGCUGGCCUGUGUGUGGGGGUGGCCUUGGGCUGGGUAGAAGGCUCAGUCCCCAACCUGGGCCCAGCCGAACAGGAACAGAACCACUACCUGGCCCAGCUGUUCGGUCUAUAUGGAGAGAAUGGGACAUUGACUGCUGGGGGCCUGGCCCGGCUUCUCCACAGCCUAGGACUGGGCCGAGUUCAGGGGCUCCGCCUGGGACACCAAGAGCCUCCAACUGGGCGGGCUGCACCCACGAGUGGCGACAAUUUCACACACAGGCUUCAGGAACUGGAGCUGAGUGUGGAUGUCUGGGCAGGAAUGCCUCUGAGCCCUUCAGGUUGGGAUGACCAGGAGGACUCAAAGGCACAUGAUCUGCAUGGGUCAGGGCCCUCGGGCCUAGACCUCUUCCACAGGCUUCUGCUGCUGGACCAUUCGUUGGCUGACCAUCUGAACGAGGAUUGUCUGAAUGGUUCCCAGCUGCUGGUCAAUUUUGGGCUGAGCCCUGUUGCUCCUCUGACCCCUCGUCAGUUUGCUCUGUUGUGCCCAGCCCUGCUUUAUCAGAUUGACAGCCGUGUUUGUAUCAAAACCCCUGCUCCAGCACCUCCAGGGGAUGCACUGUCUGCCCUGCUUCAUAGUGGCCUGGCAGUCCUGUUCCUCAGCCUCCCUGCUCCCCUCUCCCUGCUGCUGCUGCGGCUCUUAGGACCUCGUCUGUUGCGGCCUGUGCUGGGCUUCCUGGGGGCCCUGGCUGUGGGCACUCUCUGUGGGGAUGCCCUGCUCCACCUGCUGCCACACGCACAAGGAGGACGGCACACAGGACCUAGUGAGCAAGCAGAGGAGGAUCUGGGUCCAGGGCUGUCAGUGCUUGGUGGCCUCUUCCUGCUCUUCGUGUUAGAGAAUGCACUAGGACUUGUGCGGCACAGAGGGCUCAGGCCAAGAUGUGGCAGGAACAAAAGGGAUGUCGGAGAACCAAGCCCUGACCCAGAGGAUGGCAUUGGGAUGGUCCUUCGACCCCUACAGGCAGCUUCAGAGGUUCAGGGCCAGAGGGAAAACAGCCAGUCCCUACCAUCUCCAGCCCCUCCCGGAUACCAAGGCCACAGUCAUGAGCACCGGGGCGGUAGUAUCGCAUGGAUGGUCCUCCUGGGAGAUUGCCUGCACAACCUCACCGAUGGGCUCGCACUAGGUGCUGCCUUUUCCGACGGCUUCUCCAGUGGCCUCAGCACUACCCUAGCAGUCUUCUGCCAUGAGCUGCCCCAUGAACUGGGUGACUUUGCAAUGCUGCUUCAGGAAGGGCUGUCCUUUCGGAAGUUGCUGCUGCUGAGCCUCGUCUCUGGAGUCCUGGGGCUGGGGGGUGCAGCCCUGGGGGUGGGGCUCAGCUUGGGCCCUGUCCCCCUCACUCCCUGGGUGUUUGGGAUCACGGCUGGGGUCUUCCUCUAUGUGGCCCUUGUGGAUAUGCUGCCAGCCCUGCUCCGUCCUCCUGAGCCCCGGCCCCUGCCCCAUGUGCUUCUGCAGGGGCUGGGGCUGCUGCUGGGGGGCAGCCUCAUGUUUACUAUAGCCCUGUUGGAGGAACAGCUACUGCCCAUGGUUCCUGAUGGCUGAUGUGGGCCAGUGGCAAAGGAUGCAGGUUGCCCUUCCUUCCCCCCACCACAGGAACGGAGGCGGGACACAGGGCCAGUAGGAGCAAUAGGAUUUUAAUAAACAGAACCCAUCCCAAA